ACCUUUUAUCCACGCACAUAAUCAACAUCUCGUCUCCGCCAAGUGCGUCAGACCCUUCAUCCCGAUGCCCUUUGGCUGCCCUCCAAGCCCACGACUGGUUUCACUGCCGGCCGAUCCACUUGCGGUCUGGGCUGGCUACUCCGAGGUAGCUGCAUCUCCAACGAGAUCCAGCACACCCUCUCACUCCGCCUCCCGUCAGCCGCCGACUACGUAUUGGAUUUCCGUCUUCCCCCGUCUUUGCCCACCCCGAACCGUCAACCUAGUCCACUGAAAGUCUAAAGGGACUCACGAGGACAGUUCUGGCACCACAUGUACCACGCCGUGGGCCCAAAAGAAAAUACCCAAACAACAGCCGAGGAGGCCUUUUUCACCCCCUCUCUUGCUCUACCCCAGCUGUCCCGUCCUGUCGGCUACCCUCCAUUGCCAAACGGCUGCACAUCAGUACCCCUCAUUUUUCGAUUGAUGUUACGUUAAACCCUUCAAGUUGGUUGGCCCGUCCCAUCACACAAGAGGGACAGAGACGAAGCCUAGUUGUUUCGUCCAACCCAACUCUUAACAUAUUGACCAUCCCCCCUUCCAUGCUAUUAGGGCACCCUGCCGAACCUAUGUUAGUGUGCUCGGCGAUUUGCCGUCUUGCUUUUCGUUUUUAUUUCUUUUUCUCUCCUCAUGUCACUCCCCUGCCAUGUUUCGCAUUUUUCCGUCGGGCUGCAAGUCAUGGCACACCUUCACAUGGCCUGCACAAACUAUCAGGAAGAGAAACCAAACUGGGCUGGGAAACCACUCAGAUGAAAUAAAUGCCACUUGCCCGUGAGGCCCACUUCGAGCUGACUUUUCCGAUCAGCUAGUCCCUGGACCAUUUCAAGAAGAUCCUUCUCUCCUCUCGCCUCUUCGCCUCAAAUAUUCGGACCAUCGUCGCCCUGUAGCCUACCCUCUGCUAUCUGACCCGACCGCAUGGAACCGCUCCCACUAGCCAGGUCCAACCCGUCUCACUAUAUUGUCUAUCGUGGCCGCCCCAACCACACAUGCAGGUCGUAUAGCCCCCGGCUAGGCUUUUGCUGCAUCACAUCAAAACUCUCUUUCGCUGCGAGGCGCACGUCUUUUCGCCUUUGGGCUGCCUCGUGACCCCUCUCAGUCGCUGAUCGAGGUGUUUGUGGCACACCUUGCAUCUGCCGCUAGCCCUCAUACGACAAGUCUUGACAUCCCCCUCGCCAAAGACGCAUGACCGGAAAUUUGUGGCGAACCAGCCCUCCCCAUCCACGACAUAUUAGUCCACUACUUGCCGCUUUUGAUUACCUUGAUAUUUCCUCCACACACUCGACAAGGGCCCUUAUUCCAACCUCGAAACUCCCAUACUCCGACUCCCACACGGGAGAAACAACAAUUUUUCCGUCAACUCGACGAGCCGCCCUUUUGAUCCACUUGGUUCAGAGGCACCACGAUAUCCACUCCUGGGUCACCCACAUAAGCUUGGCUAACGGGGCCAAGGAUUACUCUAGACAGGUUGCACGCCUGCUUGAUUCGUUCCUCUCCGUUUGGCAAGACUGGUUCUGGUGACGGCAACCAUGGGCAUGCCGUAGCCGUUUUCCUUCUCUCUUUUCCAAUUCUGCCCGAGCUGUCUAAGGCACUCGCUGCCAGCACCCGAGGCCCAAUUGGGAGAUACCCAUCGACAGUGUUAGACGCAAAAGGAGACGGCCCCAUCCCUGCCCUACCUUCAGCCAAAGCUCGACGACCGUGAAAAGACAGGAUCGAGCCUCUUAUCACAUCUGAAAAAGGGAGCACCACGGGGAGGAAAGCUGGCGGGCUGUGCGAGGAGAGGGAAAUCCGAAGCUGGAAAAGCUCUCGGGCAUUGUCACCUACCGCAUCCCCGUCUUGCCUCAAGAAGUCACAUGCCCCAUAACUCUUAUCCCUAGUCCAUCUAUUGAUGGAUUCCAUGGUGAUCCGGCUAGAUCCUUGCGAGACUCCUGGACCAUGGCGCCACAUCAUGCACGACGGCGAUGCAGCGAGUGGGAAUGUUGUGGUUGCGGCAGCCCGGCUCUCGCAAACCUUCUUGGCGCAAGAGCUCGGGGGAAAGGCGCAGCAUCAGGGCUCAAUAUUGAGCUUGGAAGCCAAGCCCCUGGAGGUCAACAGAACGAUGUCGGCCAGCUUGGGGGUUGAUAUGCGCGAGGUCCCCCGAGAUAGUAACGCCUCGCCUCUCCUAUAUCUGCCACCGACAGCAGCGUCGAAAUUCGAGUCAAGGGAUGAACCGCCAAGGGCACCCGCGGCCGCGGGGGUGUCGACGGGAGCGGCGGUCAAACCACCAUCAGCAUCAUCCACAACAUCAACCGCCUCUAUGCUGGCACUCGGCCCAAAGAUGGUUGCUGGAGUGAGAACGAAGCCCGACGAAAGGAGCUGCGUAUCCUCAGCACAUACCCAAUAUCUCCCCACCAAAUUGGCUUUUGGGAGUAACGGCUCGUCAUCAAGGGCUUCCUUGAAGCGAGCCCGCCCUCUGUCAGACGUCGAUGGCCCCUACACGUCGAAUCAGGGGUGCAAGAAGCGUCGCCUCCUCCGGCAUCUCGUCACUAGCCGCCUCUCCCAGCGCUUCUCCAUCCCUGCCACGCACGUGCCAAACCUUUCGGGCACUAUCGGCAUGACAGGCGGCGGCGGCAUGGAAAAACGGUUCCUCAGGCUCGCGGCCGUGGCGGCCGCCCGGCGCGUCGCAGCGUCGCCGACACCAAGCACCGGGGCCCAGCUGCAACUGCGCCAGCAGCCACACAGCACGCCGCCGUCCGAGGUUCUCCGUCGUGCGGCCAUCAUCAACCGGUUCCGGAUGCGAGUGUUUGUCCAGCCUGCCGAGCGCGGUGACGCCGCUGUGGCGGAGAUGGCUGCCUCGGCAGCUCUGCUACGCUUCUCCCCAGGUGUGUAUGCCGCAGUUGGCGGGUCAGGGCUCGCUCGAUUCCCCAGGUCCUCGGCGUCAGGCCAGAGUCAAGAAGGAAUUUCCAUGCCUCCGCCGCUGCGGCCUAGCCUGCCAGCGCCGACUUCGCCGCAGUCGAUACCGAGAAGGGCACUAUUUAUCAGCAGCACUGGUGGCCCCAGCCAAGUCAUCAAGCCAUCCUCUGUAGAGGCCGAGGCUCGGGACCCCAGUCCCUACCAAACACAGCAGACGCCGGCACCACCGACGCCUUUUUCGCUUCCUGCCGCCAUUACGGCUAUUAGACCGCUAUCUCGCGUCGCGGCCAUUGCCCGCUGCCGAUCCAUAUCCCCAGGCAUGACCCCGCCAGGGUCCCCGUCUAAGGGACUGCGCCCAGCCGACGCCUCCCCUCGGAUGGCGGCGGCAGGUGCAAGCCGUCUACUCCCGAUAUCCCCACGACUGCAGCCCCUGUCCUCGUCUGACAACGAAGAGGGCAUGGCGUUCCCGACGUCGGAGCACGAGAGCCGAUACGAGUCUGGUGACGACUCGGACGACGUCUACACCGACUUUAGCGUCAUGUUUGGCGGCGGGGGUGGUGACGGGGCCGAGGACGACGAUGGGAUGAGCGGGAGCGAGGUCGACGGGUAUGAGGAGUUCAUGGACGACCUGGACGGCAUCCCUUGGUCUGCGCGGUGACGAAAGGGAGGGCUCUUGGAUGUGCAUGGGUGCCAGAAUGUUGGUCUCAAAGCAUCUGCUGGAUUAAAAAUGAGGGUCUGGUUUGCUGUAUCGCCUGUAUUAUUUGCAACGUUGUCACGAUUAGGUCCUUGCAGGGAAAUCAUGAUAAAAAGGAGAAUAAAAACAAUUAUCGUGGCUG